CUCCAGCGGGACUCGCCGGCUGGAAGCGCCGGGCACGGGGCUGCCCAGCGCCUGCGGCACCUCGAGAGGAUCCUGGAGAACAGCACCCAGUGGCUGCUGAAGCUGGAGAGCUACAUCCAGAGCAGCGUGAAGCCGGAGAUGGCGGAGCUGCGGCAGACGGCAGUGCAGAACCAGACUGCCACCAUGCUGGAGAUCGGCAGCUCCCUCCUCAACCGCAGCGCCGAGCAGAGCCGCAAGCUCACUGACGUGGAGGCCCAGGUGCUGAAUCAGACGUGGCGCAUCGAGAUGCAGCUCCAGGAGAAUUCCCUGUCCACCAGCAAGCUGGAGAAGCAGCUGCUGCUGCAGACCAAUGAGAUCCACAAGCUGCAGAACAGAAACAACAUCCUGGAGGUGCGGGUGCUGGAGAUGGAAACGAAGCAGCAGGCGGAGCUGGCGGGGGCACACUCAGAGAAGGAGAAGCUGCAGCGGCUGCUGAGCCGCCAGAGCGGCACCAUCGAGGAGAUGGAAAAGACGCUGCUGGCUGCCAGUGCCAACACCAGCCUGCUCCAGCGGCAGCAGCUCCAGCUCCUCCAGUCUGUCCAGAGCCUGGUGCGCCUCGUCUCCCGGGGCAGAGGUGAGCGGGGUGCAGGGCUGCAGGGCCAUCAGGAUUUCUGCCUUUUCACUGUCCCCUCUGCCGAGGUGCGCCGGGCGGGCAUCCAUGCCAGUGGCAUCUACACCCUGCACAUUGCCAACCUCAGUGAGCCCAAAAAGGCAUACUGUGACAUGGAGACAGAUCGAGGGGGCUGGACCAUCAUCCAGCUUCGUGCCAACGGCAGCCUCAGCUUCCAGAGGAGCUGGAGGGAGUACAAGCAGGGCUUUGGGGACGCGUCGGGGGAAUACUGGCUGGGGAACGAGGCCGUGCACCUGCUGACGAGCCGGGUGCCCUACGCCCUGCGGGUCGAGCUGCAGGACUGGGAGGGCGGCCAGGUGUAUGCCCACUACAGGAAAUUCCAGCUGGGGAGUGAGCGGCAGUUUUACAGGCUGUCGCUGCAGGACUACAGUGGCACAGCUGGGCAGCAGAGUGGCCUGGCACUGCAGGGCACCCAAUUCAGCACCCGUGACGCCGACAAUGACAACUGUCUCUGCAAGUGUGCCCAGAUGCUCUCGGGAGGAUGGUGGUUCGAUGCCUGUGGCCUCUCCAACCUGAACGGCAUCUACUACCCGGCCCGGAACAACAUCCGCAAGCUGAACGGCAUCCGCUGGCACCACUUCCAGGGGCCCAGCUACUCCCUGAGGGGCACCCGCAUGAUGAUCCGACCCAGCAGCUUCUAAUGAGCCCGCGGCCACUGCCAGCACUGAGAGACAAGUCCAGGACAAGGGAUGCUUGGGGGCGGCCGAGAUGCCCCAGCUGCUGCAGGGAACCUUUGCCAUGAGCUGUAUUUUUUUACUCUUGUUUAUCCCAUUUUUCAGAAGUCUGCAGUGUCACCGUGGCCAUGCUGGAGGAACUGUGGGCAGGGGUGAAGGGCGCUGCAGGAGCUGGAGCUGCAGGAGCUGGAGUGGGACAAAGCCAGACCUGCUAAAGUGGGCUCCAGCAUAUGGAAACCCCCUGACCUCACCUCAGCUUCUCUCCCUGAAUUUCUGCUGGGCCUCAGGGUUUUGUCUUGGGGACAGGGCUCCAAGACCUUCCCAGUGAUGGGGCUCUGAGAACCCCUGGGACCACGUGCAUUCAGAGGUACCCCA